UGGUUCCCUGAAUCGCUGAACAUUUUGUGUAGCUUACUUUUUGUUUUUGUCAGACUUGUGUUUGCAUCCUCUACUGAGAUGGAGUCUGACACUGGUUCCAACAGCAGCCGCUCCUCCUCACCAGAACUGGUGGUGGGCUCGUCCGUCGGCGGCUUCUUCUCCAAUCAGAUGUUCCAGGAGUACUGCCGCAAGGAAGGGAGCGGCCGAGACUCCAAGCCCAGGAAGGCCUUGGGGGCCGUUGACGCCGGGGCCAAGGACCACAUCCAAUCAGAACUGAUCGGGCCCGAUGGGCAGGAUCUGCGCCUGAAGGUGAACAGCCGCGAGCGCAAGCGCAUGCACGACCUGAACGAGGCAAUGGACGGGCUGAGGGAGGUCAUGCCAUACGCCCAGGGGCCCUCCGUCCGCAAGCUGUCCAAGAUCUCCACUCUGAUGCUGGCCAGGAACUACAUCCUCAUGCUGUCCAGCUCCCUGGACGAGAUGAAGAAGCUGGUGGGGGAGGUGUAUGGCUCCGGCGGGGUCCAGGGUCACGUAGCCCGCCGAGUGGUCCAGCCGACAGUGGCGCCUCUGCCCCAUCUUCCAGCAGCUGUCCCGCUCCAGCUUCUCCCCCUGGCCCAGUCGCUGCACUCUCUUGGGGGCAGCGCUGCUGCUAUGACAGCCUCCACCCUCCACCACGCCACACACUCCUCAGCUCAUGCCCCGCACUCGCCUCCCUCAGCUGGGUACUUGGGCUACCACGCGUCGUCCCUGCCCAGCCUGCUGAAGGACCCGCUGCACCUGGCGUCCUCCUACAGGCACUUUCCUGGCAUGCCCUGCCCCUGUUCACUCUGCCAGCCCAUGCCCGUCUCCACAGCCAGCCUGCACAGCCUCGCCAUUCGCAAGUGAUCUUUGCCCGAGUGUGGUUUUAGUCCAACUGAAAGAAGAGACUUUUAUAACAAUAACAAAUGCCUGAUCCUUUGUGGAGAGGUGCCAAACUCUUGUAUAUAAUGUGUAUAGCAUGAAAAUAACUUUUUCGGUGAAAUAUUUUGCUGCUAUUUUUCCAUGGAACAAGCAUGGUUUUGUAAGUAU